AUGUGGAGAUUAGUCUUUUUGUUUGCCUUUUAUAUAAAAAUUGUUGAAUCCAAUGAUUUGCGAGUGGGAUACAUACAACACAAUUCUAGAGAAAUUUUUAAUGAAGUCAGAGAGGGAUCCGCAGCGUUGUUUUGGAGACGAUAUGAAGAUGUUACUAUAAAUGUACCGAGCAACGUUUUGAUAUCAGCUAUUUACGUGACCGACUUAACUGAUGAUAAGCAUGGCCAAGCUUCCAUCACUAAUGGUGGCAUUGGUAUGAACAGUGUAACAAUUAACCUGCGAACCACGUCGUUAGUUAGAGGAUACAGUUUCAAAGUCGAAGUUUUUGCAGACCCACCUGGAUAUUACAAUAACGGUAAAGCCAAUUAUUAUGAACCCACGCCAAUUUAUGGGAGAAAGUACUGA